AUGGACAAACCAGCCAAUACCGUCGAAACCCAUGACAGUGAAUCUGUCAUCAGCAGCCUCCAAGAUCUUAGCUUCAAAAACAGUUUCAGUAUCAGCAUGUGUAGCAGCACCGUUUCUGUGUCUGAUAACAGCGUGAGUAACAGCACCAAGGUCAGCAAUGGGACUCAGGAAGCUAACAAGAACUCUGAAAAUGCCGAGUCCUCCAUCGUAGAUUGCGAAGACGAUAGUGACAAAAGCACUCUAUGCCAAGCCGGUAAUUCUAGCAGGUUCGAUCCGAAUGAUGGCAGUUUUCGGAGCUUUUGCCCAUCGAAGCCGCACAAAGGCAACGACAUGCGAUGGGAUGCGAUACAAUGCGUGAAAGCCAAAGAUGGGGACUUGGGUCUGGGCCAUUUCAGGCUUCUGAAAAAGCUCGGCUGUGGGGAUAUAGGAAGCGUGUACUUGGCUGAGUUGAGAGGGCUUGGUUGCCUUUUCGCCAUGAAGGUAAUGGACAGAGGCAUGUUGGCUGGGAGGAAGAAGCUGAUAAGAGCUCAGACUGAGAGAGACAUAUUGGGUUUGUUGGACCAUCCAUUUCUUCCAACCCUCUAUUCGAAUUUUGAGACGGAGAAGUUUUCUUGCUUGUUAAUGGAGUUUUGCUGUGGUGGGGAUCUUCACACGCUUCGGCAGCGCCAGCCGGGGAAGCAUUUUACUGAACAAGCUGCGAGGUUUUAUGCUUCAGAAGUGCUUCUUGCACUUGAGUAUCUUCACAUGAUGGGAGUGGUGUACCGGGACCUAAAACCCGAAAAUGUGCUGGUGAGGCAGGAUGGCCAUAUCAUGCUCUCUGAUUUUGAUUUAUCAUUAAGAUGUUAUGUGAAUCCUACUCUUGUUCAGUCUAGUGAUGAGCCGUCUUGUAGAAUCUCUUCAUACUGUAUUCAGCCAUCAUGUAUUUUGGAUCCAGCCUGCAAAUUACCAGUUUGUGUUCAGCCUUCUUGCUUGCAACCAUCUUGCUUUAAGCCUCGCUUUCUAAGAUCCAAAUCAACCAAGGAGAAAAGUGAAAGAUCAACUUCGGGAAAUUCAGAUUCAUUGCCUGUACUUAUUGCUGAGCCAACUAAUGCCCGCUCUAUGUCAUUCGUCGGAACACAUGAAUAUUUAGCUCCUGAAAUAAUAAGAGGCGAUGGCCAUGGUAGUGCUGUUGAUUGGUGGACAUUUGGUAUUUUCUUGUAUGAGCUGCUGCAUGGGAGGACACCAUUCAAAGGCAAUGGAAACCGGGAGACGCUAUUCAACGUGGUUGGUCAGUCUCUCAAGUUUCCAGAUGGGUCUAAUGCCAGUUUUGCUGCUAAAGAUUUGAUCAGGGGCCUGCUUGUAAAGAACCCACAGAAGAGACUGGGAUUUAAAAGAGGUGCUACAGAAAUUAAACAGCACCCCUUCUUUGCAAAUGUUAAUUGGGCUCUCAUACGCAGCACGCACCCUCCAGAGAUCCCAAAACCAUUUGAUCUUGCUGUUCUAAAUCACACAUUCAAGUCUGCAGUGCCUCAAAAUGACAAGGGAGCUACUGACUCAAACCGGUCGUCAGGUCCAUAUUUAGAUUUUGAAUUUUUCUGA